AUGGCGCGCGCGGCGGACAACCCGCACACGAUCACGGGACUCAUCGUCCUCGCGAUCGCGCUCGCGGUGACGGCGAACGUGAUCAGUGGUGACGGGAUGGUGGAGACGGUGGCGUCUUCGCGGGCGGCGACGCGACGAGGGAUCGUGGGGGGGGUUUGGGCGUACGCGGCGUACGGCGCGAUGCAAGGACCGGAUACGCACAUGACGCGACCGCACGCGUCGGUGUGGCGCGUCGUCCACGCGUUGUUCAUCGUGUAUUUGCUCGCGCUGGUGUUUCUGUUGCAUCAGACCCCGAGAGGGGCGCAGGAGACGUUGAAGUUUUUUUGGGACGAUUUGGGAACGCCGCUCGAGUCGAGGAGUUACGGUGAAGAUUGUCGGAUUUACGUCCCGGGACAUCGAAGCGGGGCGUUUGGGAUCGUCAAGGAGACUAUUUUUGACGAGUUCACGCUCGCGCACUUCAUGGGGUGGAUGGGCAAGGCGAUCGCGAUCAGGGACUGGGGAUUGGUGUGGGCGUACUCGGUCGCGUUCGAGCUGUGCGAGAUUACGUUCGAGCACUGGCAACCGAAUUUCAACGAGUGUUGGUGGGACAUGUGGGUGUGGGAUGUCUUGGUCUGUAACGCCCUCGGGAUCGCUCUCGGGAUGUGGACGGUGCGGUUUCUCCGAGGACGCAUGUACGAUUGGAGCGGGAAACAGUCGCGCAAAGGCAGUUCCGCUAUUGAGGACGACGACGAAGACGACGACGCGCGGAGAAGUCGUCGCGGCGAUCCCCCGUCUUCGCCCUUGGUCGAUGCGCUCAAGUCCGUCGUCGCGGUGAUCACUCCGGACAGCGUCGAAAAGUACACGUGGCGCCCGACGGACUCCCCGGCGAGGUUUUUGAAGAGCGCGUUCUUGGUGUUUUGCGGCUUGGCGUUUGACUUGAAUCUCUUCUUCCUCAAGUACGUCCUGCAGAUCCCCACGACGCACAGCGUGUCGUUAUUCCGUCUAUACAUAUGGUUCGGUAUGUCAAACAUCGCCAUAAGAGAGUACUACGUCUUCAUAGAGGAACCGGACGCGUCCAAGGCGAAGCUCGGACCGAACGCGUGGUUAGCCAUGGCGGUACUCGUGGUGGAGAUGCUCGUCAUCGUGAAACACGGUCGAGGGAAGUUCACGAACCCAUGGCCCAGACACAUAUUGCUCGCGUGGUUCAUCGCCAUCUCGAGCACGACGGUGUACUUGAUCGCUUGGCAGCGCAGGAUUAACCUCGCGCUGGCGAAACGCGGUGGCUCGGAAAAGGCUCCGGCUCGGGCGAAGAAGACGUCUUCGCGAAGAGGGCGAAAGAGCGCGUAA